GCCGUACACUCUCUUCUUCAAUUAAGGGGAAAAAAAGAAACCCACUGAGAACGAAGAAGAAUGGAUGCCGGCGGCGCGCCGGUGGCGCAGACUUCGGAGGAGGCGGCGACCCCGCCGUACGGCUCUGUGGUCCUCGGCGGCACCUUCGACCGCCUCCACGACGGCCACCGUUGCCUUCUCAAGGCGUCGGCGGAUUUGGCGAGGGACCGAAUCGUGGUGGGCGUCUGCACGGGCCCUAUGCUCACAAAAAAGGAGUAUGCCGAGCUGAUUGAGCCCGUCGAGAAGCGGAUCAAGGCCGUGGAGGAUUACAUCAAGUCUAUAAAACCAGAACUGACAGUACAAGUGGAGCCUAUUGAGGAUCCUUAUGGCCCUUCCAUUACUGACGAUAAGUUGGAUGCCAUCAUUGUCAGUAAGGAGACAUUAAAUGGUGGACUUGCUGUAAAUAGAAAAAGAGAAGAGAAAGGGUUGCCACUGUUGAAGGUUGAGGUUGUUGAUCUACUUUCUGGAGGUGUGGAGGGGGAGAAACUGAGUUCAUCUGCUUUAAGGAAGCUCGAGGCAGAGCAAGCUGAACAAAGUGAAGCAAAGACCGCUAGCCAUUAAGCUUCUUAAGCAAUACUUGAAUUUGAACAGAUGAAUGCACAAAUGCAGGGUGAGCUGCUCCAAGAUCGCCGUCAACAAAAUAUUAGUAGGAGUUCACAGUUUGGUUACAUUCAGAAAGCAAUGCCCACGACACUGUAACACUAUUACUCUUUAACUUUACAAAAUCAACCUGGCAACAUGGACUCUCUCUACUAACCUAAUUUACAGAUUUUGUAUGAGCAUUGCCUUCUGAAUGUAAAGAAAAAGGAAAUACCCUUGGUGGUUUUGCCAAUAGUGGCAAAAGUACAAAUGAAUAUUGUUAGUGUGUGUAGUUAAUGGGCCGGCCUACUGGCCUGGGUUAUAGCUGUGCCGGCCUCCUUGGCCGUGCGCCUUCCCCUGGGGAUCUAGAUGGUUUUGGAUUAGGCAAGGAACUCUUGAUUGGUAUUACUUCUAUAAACCAAACCCUAGGACUUCCUUGCCUUUAUAUGUACACGAGCUUUGCCUCUCCAUAAUCAAUCUAUUAUUCCCGAGCCAUAUUUGCUUUCAAA